AUGAUGCGUACACCGCCAUCGAGUGCUGACGGUGAUCAGCGGCAAGAACUGUACGUUGACAAUGCAGUGAUGCCAAAACAACAGAACGUAGUUAAAAGUGAAUCUAAAGAACUAAAAGUGAUGAAAUUUAAAAUGGAAGCAAUGAAGAGAAAUUUAUUGAGAGUGGAAGAUGGUCUAUUGGAUGAAGAUGUAGUGCCUAAUAUGAAUCUGCAAAGUAAGCAGUUUUUGCAGCUUCAAGUGAGAAUAGUGGAAGCAGCUCACACGGAAGCAGAGGCUCUCAGGAUGCGACUUUUCGAAUUGGAUGCUGAGGAAGAAAUUCGAGAAGAGUACGAAGCGGAUUACAUCGAGAUUGAACACCUGUAUGGUAAGCUGUUUGUGUUCUUAACCACUCGGAUGGAUGACAUCGAGAGGAAGGAGAAGGAGCAGAUAUACCCCCCAGCCGUAAGUAACCCACCUUUUUCUACUGCACAAUAUCAUGUGCCUCCAUUGAAAGUUCCUCUACCUACGUUCGACGGAAAAUAUGAGAAUUGGUACGCAUUCAAGUCGAUGUUCCAGACAGUUAUGUCCCGAUAUAGAUCUGAAUCACCAGCAAUUAAACUGUACCAUUUGCGCAAUUCUCUUGUGGAUAAGGCAGCAGGUAUCAUCGACCAAGAUAUCAUCAACAAUAAUGACUACGAUGCUGCUUGGAUGAUAUUGCAGAAUCGUUUCGAAGACCGUCGACUAAUUAUUGACAAGCACAUAGAUGCGUUGCUUGAUUUGCCGAAACUCAACAGCGAGAGUGCCACCGAUCUUCGUAAACUGAUCGAUGUGUGCACCAAAAAUGUGGAUGCUUUGAGGAACUUGGGUUUAAAUGUAACUGGGCUGGGGGAAAGUAUGCUUCUUAAUCGUAUAGCUUCGAGACUGGACAGUGAAACCCGAAAGGCUUGGGAACUAUCGCAGAAAAUUGAUGAACUCCCAGAUUACGCAGAAACUAUGGAGUUUUUGCGAGAAAGAUGUCGUGUACUGGAGAAAAUCAACCUUCUUUCUUCAGUGAAACCAGCUCAAAGAAUGCAGAAGCCAAUUCGAGUUGUAGGAGAUCCCAAGAUGAGAAUCAACAGCUUCGUUACUCGCACCGAACAGUGUCCCCACUGCCAAGGAAGUCAUGAAUUGUGGAAGUGCGACGCUGUUAAAAAGGUUUCUUUGUCCGAUCGCUACACGACGCUGCGCAAAGCCGGUGCUUGCUUCAAUUGCUUACAGAAGGGGCAUAGAACAACCAACUGCAGUUCUGAGAGCACUUGCAAGAAGUGCAAAAAGCGGCACCAUACAAUUCUUCACUCGGAAAACAACAAUCAACAGAAGCGAUCCGAAACCCCUGCUACGUCUACGAAGUUUCCCGAACCAAACCAGCAUACAUCGGAAGCAACGCCAGCUGUACAGGUUUUUCCAGAAUCCGAAACCCGAUCAUCGUUCUGCGUGCAACCCAAGGUAGGAGGAAAGCAGAUACUGUUAUCAACAGCAGUAGUUCUUGUUUGUGGCAAAGCUGGAGAACCGUAUCCUUGCCGCGUACUUUUGGACUCUGGGUCGCAUACAAACUUCGUGACUGAAAGCUUUGCUGCACUACUCGCACUGGAGAAGGAACCGGUGCAUUUUUCGAUUAGCGGUCUCAACGACAUCAAGACGAAAGUUCGGUUCAAGGUUCACACCAUGAUCAAAUCACGAAUCAGCGAAUACCAUUCUUGCCUAGAUUUCCUUGUUGUACCAAGGAUUACCGGACUAUUACCAUUGACGACGAUUGAUCCAGUUCCUCUCUCGAUUCCUGACGGUAUCCAAUUGGCGGAUCCGAACUUCUACGUACCGGAAAAGGUUGACAUGCUUCUGGGCGCGGAAGUAUUUUUCCAAAUGUUGAAAACCGAUCGCCUGCAUCUUUCAAGUUCUGCCGUUCUCCAAGAUACCCAGUUUGGCUGGGUUCUGAGCGGUGCUAUCCCGAAAAAGUGUUCCGGAGUUGUGCAAUCAUUCUGUAAUACCGUUGAAGACGAAAACCUGGACGCAUUAGUGAAGCGAUUUUGGCAAAUUGAUUCCUUUAGUGACCCCGAACCAGCAAAGGAACCCGAAGAAGAACUCUGCGUCCAACACUACCUGGACACCUACCAACGAGCACCCGAUGGACGAUAUGUGGUCCGCCUUCCAUUCAACGGUUUGCAGCACAAAUUGGGAGAUUCAAGAGUGAUGGCCGAAAAGCGAUUCCAUGCCGUUGAGAGACGUCUCGACGCAUCACCUGAUAUCAAGCAACAGUACAGUGAAUUCCUCAGAGAAUACGAAGAUCUUGGUCACAUGAAGCAGAAUACCAACAACGAUCAAGAUAACCAACAUGCUGCAUACUACCUGCCCCAUCAUUACGUGUUGAAACCAAGCAGUACGACGACAAGAUUGAGAGUAGUUUUUGAUGGAUCUGCCGAGUCUAGUUCAGGCAUAUCUAUCAACAAGACCCAGAUGGUUGGACCGACUGUACAGAGUCAUCUUGUGCAAAUUCUAUUAAAUUUCCGCUCCUACAAGUUUGUUUUCACUUUGGACAUACCAAAAAUGUACCGCCAGGUAUUGGUACAUCAAGAUGACAUCCCGUAUCAACGCAUAGUAUGGAGAGAGACGCGGAAUCAACCCCUGCGAACAUACGACCUACAGACAGUAACCUAUGGUUUGGCGUCAUCUCCCUUUUUGGCCACUAUGACCCUGAACCAAUUGGCCGAAGACGAAGGACAUCGUUACCCAUUAGCAGCCGAAGUUUUGAAAAACUCCUUCUACAUCGAUGACGCACUUACGGGUGCGAACACGCUUGCAGAAACGAUUGAACUGAAGAACCAGUUAGUAGCACUGUUGGCAAGAGGUGGCUUCGAAGCGCACAAAUUUUGCGCGAAUUCCGAUUUGAUUCUAACUGACGCUCCGAACGAAAAUUGCGAAGUGAGCAUUAAUACAGAUCCCAGCAUAAAUACCAUCAUGAAGACGCUCGGCGUUUCAUGGAAACCGAAGGAAGAUUGUUUCACUUUUGUCGUACCUCAAAAUGUCCACUUGAAGAUUACUCAAGCAACGAAGCGUUCGAUACUCAGCGACGUCGCCAAGAUUUUUGAUCCGCUUGGAUUUCUCGGUCCGAUCAACACAACAGCUAAGUUAAUCAUACGUGAUCUCUGGUCAUUGGGAUUGGAGUGGGAUGAGCCAGUUCCACCCAACAACUUGAAGGUUUGGAGCAAAUUCUACCGUCAGCUGGAGACGCUGAACACUAUCUCAAUCCCGAGAUGGAUUUUUGGUGAUAUGGCAAAGAAAGUCGAACUCCAUGGGUAUGCGGAUGCAUCGGAUGCAGCUUACGGCGCUUGCAUCUACGUACGUCUUGUUUUGAACGAUGGAUCAUCGAGAAUGCAGUUGGAGAUCACAACACCCCGAGCAGAACUGCUGGCUGCUCAAUUACUGGCCCGACUAGUGACACAACUACUUGAUCUACUGAAGCGAACUUUUGACUCCAUCGUCCUGUGGAGUGACUCCCAAAUCGUGCUCUGUUGGCUGCGUCGUUCUCCAGAAACAUUAUCAGUGUACGUCGGGAACCGAGUGCGAGAGAUACAGCAACUGACGAACACUCUUGAAUGGCGGUACAUCCCAUCGAAGGAGAACCCUGCGGAUGUCAUCUCCCGAGGUCUGUCACCAACAGGCCUUCAGACGUCUACUUUGUGGUGGAAUGGUCCGCCAAUAAUUCGAACCAAUCAUACUGAGUUGCUGAACCCGAUUUCCGAUGAUGAAUUACCGGAAUUGAGACGAGUCGCCCUACCUACUGUCAAUGAACACCCUCGAGUCGAACUAUUCAACCGAAUCAGCCGAUUUACCAUCAUGCAGCGGUCCAUGGCAUACGUGGUUCGCUUCUGUGACUACGUCAAGAAUAACAGGAAACGAUUGACCAAGGGAUCUCUAACAGUCGAUGAGAUUCAGCGGUCUACUACACUUAUGAUACGAUUAGUGCAAGCCGAAGCAUUUGACACCGAGCGUCGAAUGCUAACCAGUCCGGAACAAUUCCGGCAUCCCCUGCGACAUCUGAACCCAUUUGUAGACCCAAAAGACGGCAUUCUCCGUUUGAAGCACGCUGACAUACCAUACGAAAGCAAACAUCAAGCCUUAUUGCCGCAGAAGCAUCCAUUUACUGCAGUUUUGUUGCGGCAUCUUCAUCGUUCCAACAUGCAUAUUGGUCAACGAGGACUCCUAGGCAUUGUUCGCCAACAAUAUUGGCCUCUUCACGCAAAAACCCUGAUUCGCCGAUUGAUACAUCAAUGCGUGCCAUGCUUCCGGAUGAAUCCCCGUCCGGCAACUCAACUGAUGGGCGAUCUCCCCGACUACCGUGUUCGACCAGCACCAGUAUUUGCAGAUACUGGCCUCGAUUUUGCGGGGCCCUUCAAAAUUCGUUCGAGUACAGCAACCCGUAAACCGCAGGAGACCAAGGGGUACGUCUGUGUCUUUGUGUGCAUGCAUACCAGGGCCUUGCACUUGGAAGCCGUCUCAAACUUGACCUCCGAAGCAUUCAUAGGCACUCUACAACGCUUCGUGAGUCGUCGUGGAAUUCCUCGUAACCUGUAUUCGGAUAAUGCCACCAACUUUGAAGGAGCGAACAACGAGAUGUGUCGACUAGCUGAGCUUUUCCGAAAUGAACACCAUCAAAAAACCUUGAGUGAUUACACAGCGAUGCGGGCAAUUGAAUGGCAUUUCAUUCCACCACGCAGCCCCCACUUCGGCGGUAUUUGGGAGGCCGGGGUCAAAUCGGUGAAAUUUCAUCUGAAACGAGUACUUGCUGAACACAAACUUUCCUACGAGGAGUUGGCAACGGUCCUUACACAAAUUGAAGCCAUCCUAAAUUCCCGUCCUCUUACGCCUACAUCAGAAGACCCCAACGAUAUUGGUGCUAUUACACCUGCACACUUUUUGAUCGGCCACGAACUCCAGGCGAUACCAGAACCCUCCUAUCAACACAUCCCUCAAGGUCGACUCUCAAGAUGGCAGUUUGUGCAGGACUUGAAGCAGAAGUUCUGGAACGUGUGGAUGAUCGACUAUCUUCACGAGUUGCAGCGUCGCCAGAAGGACUUCAAGGUUACGAAACUCAAGGUUGGCGCACUUGUCUUGGUUAUCGACGACAACACACCACCGCUUCAGUGGCUGCUUGCUCGAAUUACCGACCUGUAUCCUGGUCCUGAUAACGUCGUUCGUGUGGUCGGACUGCGGACACAAACCGGAACAACAAGGAGAGCAGUCAAGAAGAUUUGUUUGUUGCCCCUGGACAACGAGGAGGUCAAAGGAGAUUUGAAAUGA